AUGCAGCUCCACCUCGCCAGGCACAAGAGCUCUCCCUUCUUGCGGAAGCAACGUUCCUGUACACUCUGUAGCACGGACCCAAAACCAAGGGGUACAACCGCAACAAAGCCAAACGCCUGCGCAGGAGUCGCCAGAAUUUUAAGUUAUGAAGGUGGAAUCACAGACAUUACAGUCUUGCAGGCGGCACUGCUCCACGACACAGUAGAGGACACAGACACCAGCCUCCCCCAGCUGGAAGCUGUGUUCGGGGCCACAGUGGCGCGAAUCGUUCAGGAAGUGACGGAUGACAAGGCGCUGUCCAAACAGGAGAGGAAGUGGCUGCAGGUCAAGCACGGCCCUUACUGCAGCCACCAGGCCAAGCUGGUCAAGCUGGCUGACAAGCUGUACAACCUCAGGGACCUGAACCACUGCACCCCCGCCGGCUGGACGCCGCAGCGUGUUCAGGAGUAUUUCACCUGGGCAGCGCAGGUAAUGAAGAGUCUACAGGGGACAAACACUGCCUUGGAAGAGAAGCUGUACCAGCUCUUUAAAGAGCGAGGCAUUGAGACUUGACAAGCAGAGGGAUCCAGAGAAAAUCUAUUCAAUCAGAACCAUGAACAGAACAAAACAGAACAGAACAAAACACACAGCUUUUCUUUAAGGUUGAUGGGUGGAGAAAGACUUGGGUUUUGCUUUGGUUUAUACAUUUAUGUGAAUAAAAAAAAUAUAUAUAUUUGA